AUGGCUCAAAACAAGCCUCCAAUCGGUGCUGAAAUCACGGCGAAUGUGGGUCGAAUCCUCGACGAAGCAAAGGUCCCUUAUACUCUCAUGGGGCGGCAGGCGAUGUUCUUUUACGCAGACCCUACGGUGUACGGGGACCUGACUUUCGUGGUCCGGGAUGAUUGCCUUGACGACGCGAAACAUGCCCUCGAGGCCGCCUACGACGAUGCACCGAACCGCAACGGCGAAAAACUCUACAGUCUGUGCACUGACCCCGACUGCAUGGACCUAAUGGAAGACCGAAGUCUCCACGACGAUUGGGACCCUCUCGUCAUUUAUCUGGUGCUCCAGAGCGAUCACCUGUGGUGGCUGCCCCCACUGACGAUGGAUAUGCCUGACAAGAACCACUCCUACCUCACCCUUUCCACCGACCCGGCCUUGCCACGACGACAUGAGGACGAGGUUCAGGACGAGUGGUCGUGGAAGAGGGAGUGGGUCGGACCCUGUGGGCCGUGGUUCGGGCUUUAUCCGGUUCGCAUUCUAAAACCAGGUCGCUUUAUAGAAUCUCUGUGCUGGCUUUGGAUGCGGGAUGCCGAUAUGCGCAAUCUGACCCUCUGGACACUAUGGGAGAGCAUGCUCUUAUGUAUGAAGAGGCGGUGGAACAAGCUGGAAGGUACCGCGGGGAGGUCUGUGAGCCUGUGGCAUAUGGAACGUGAUUUCCGGCGGGGUUUCACAUGGUUGGCUGGCGACUUUCCUGAUUCUGUCCGCCGUUUAUCGUAUUUUGGCGGUCCCCACCCCUACCAGGUUGCUCUCUUGCAGCUCCGAAAUCGGUUGAUCGAGCAGGGCGCAUUUCCAAUGAAGCUAUGUGCUGAAGAGGUUCCUGAGUAUGAGCUCACUGAUGAGGAAAAGCAAAGAUUUCCGUGGUUUGUCCAAGCCUCUGGCGAGUUUCUGUAA